GCGCUACAUAAAACCACGCCCCCUGGUUGCCAAGAUGUGUCAAACAACCUAAUCGUUCAGGUUUUCAUUCAAUUAUUGGCUGCUCAUCCACUGUUAACGCAGUUAAAACUACAUUGCCCGAUCGACACUUAUCGGUUGAGAGGACAGACUUAGAAAUGCUUCUGGACGAGUCUCCACUUUUUGAGCCCUCUCUUCUUAAUGAGUUGGACUGGAACGCCAGCACUGUGUCCUUCUCGCCCCCCAUCUCCCCCUCGAGCCCUGGGCAGGACCUGGUGCUCAGACCCCUGCGUCUGAAAGACUUCAACCGAGGAUUCUACAAGGUCCUCUCCCAACUCACCUUGGCAGGUGAUGUCACCGCAGAGCAGUUCAUUAAAAAUUUUGAGCAUAUGAAGAAGACUGGAGACUAUUACAUUGUUGUGGUGGAAGACACCAGCAUUGGGCAGAUCGUCGCAACGGCGUCCUUGAUAAUCGAACACAAAUUCAUCCACUGCUGUGCUAAGAGAGGACGAGUGGAGGAAGUGGUAGUCAGUGACGUGUGCAGGGGAAAGCAGCUGGGGAAAUUGCUCGUUUCCACUCUGACUCUCCUCAGCAAGAAGCUGGACUGCUACAAAAUCACGUUGGAAUGCAGCCCCAAAAAUAUCGCUUUCUACCAGAAGUUUGGCUACUCUGCGUCAGAGGACUCCUACAUGCAGCAUCGCUUCUUUGAUUGAGUUCUAUAAAAGGGUGGGGGUCUUGAUGCUGUCAACACAAAAUCAUUCAGAUGUAAGCCUCACAUCUGUGUUAAUGCCUUCUGGUAUUCAUAGAAAGAUUGCCCCACUUUUUUCCUCAAACGGUGAGUGUCCCUGUCGAUGGACCUAACACUUGAACUUUCCUGAUUUCUCCGUCUGUCAGACGCUAUGUUCUGCCAUGUCGGUUACCAUGGUUACCUCGCUAGAGUUUUGAAGGAGAGAAUGUGAUUCACCUUGUCUACAUCUUGCUCUCGCUGUUAUCCCAAAUGCAUCUCGCCACAGGGUAAUUCUAUGCAAUUGAAAAAACACUGCAAUUAUUGAUUGGGGAAACAAGAAUGGCUGAAAUGUCUUCAACUUUCUUGUUCUUCAUUGUAGCUUAUAUAAAUCGAUAGCCGUGUCAUUGUAUAUCAAUAUCCUAUAGGAUCCAGUGUAUAUCUUAAUGAAAAAUGGUGGUCACAGGCAAAAGCUGUUUACAUUGAUUAUAUUUAUGUGGGAAUUCAAAUUUUCUAAUUUCUUUAAAAUAUAUAUUUUUCUCUUUAUGGAAACAAGGAAAUGCAUCAGUUGACUGCAGCAUAAUUUGGAAGGAUACGAAGAUCUUUCAAAACAAACUUGAUCAAGACAUUAUUUUGUAUUUAUUUAUUUUCUAAACCUUUUAGUGUGGGUAUCUGUCCUCUUGGUGGGUUGUUUCAAAAACAACAUACUCAAUGGUUAAAUUAUGUUUAACAUAACAUGUGUUUUUCUCAGUUCAAGACCUCUUAUAAUAUAUUUCAUAUUGUAGAUACGAAAGUAUAUAUUUUAUAAUACAGCUAAAGCUAUUUGGAAUAUCAAUGACUGAUAAAAUGAAAUUUAUCAUCACAAUUGUGAUCCGGAUCAAUGGUGUGGGUAAAGUUUCUUAUGUUUUAUAGAUAUGACUGCGGUCAUUGGGCACGGAUAUCAUAUGUAAUGUUAUUUAAUUACAAAUAAAUUUGGAUUUGGUAGAUGCGUACAUCCUAAG